AUGUCAUCGAAAUUCAGUGGCGAUGAAACGGCACCGUUCUUCGGCUUCCUCGGUGCCGCGGCUGCCCUAGUUUUCUCCUGUAUGGGUGCGGCAUAUGGCACGGCGAAGAGUGGCGUCGGUGUGGCGUCUAUGGGUGUGAUGCGACCGGAGCUGGUGAUGAAAUCGAUAGUUCCAGUUGUUAUGGCUGGUGUUUUGGGUAUUUAUGGAUUGAUUAUUGCUGUCAUCAUCAGUACUGGAAUCAACCCCAAGGCCAAGUCAUACUACUUGUUUGAUGGCUAUGCUCACCUUUCUUCUGGCCUCGCUUGUGGCCUUGCUGGCCUUUCUGCUGGUAUGGCCAUUGGAAUUGUUGGGGAUGCUGGUGUUAGAGCCAAUGCACAACAGCCAAAGCUCUUUGUUGGGAUGAUUCUUAUUCUCAUUUUUGCUGAAGCACUGGCUCUUUAUGGUCUUAUUGUUGGCAUCAUCCUCUCUUCUCGUGCUGUAUCAUUUUGCAAGAAUUCUGAGAUUUUGCUGUUAACUGUUACUAUAUUGACAAAUGAGUACUCAACUGUUCCAACUAUCUAUCGCCAGGAGGUUGAGGGUCUCUACUUGCUUUCUGUGCAAGGAGAUGUUGAGGGAUUGAGCAGUCCAGUACAUUAUGACGUUCCAUGA